CAAAAUAAAAUUGCACAAUACAUGUAAUUAAGACUUCAACAUUUCUUUAUUUUCAGAGGGUUUUACCGUCAAAACAAGAUUGUUUACCACAUGAUUGAUAUCAGCCUAACCUGGGGUGUAGAAACCCAAUACAGAUAUUUUUGAUAUUUUAUGGGAGGAAUUACGACUAGAUUAGAAAUAUAUUUCAUGAGCACUGCAUGCAAUGCCAAUCAUAGGGAGAGGCUUGACAGCGUCCUGACAAGCCCUAGAUUUCUGUGACACUGUGUUCUGUUAUAUUUUACUGCCACGUUAUUGGGUAAUGGACAGAUUUAAAUGUCUUUCCUUUGCUUUGUAAUUCAGAGAGAUUCCUAAUAGUUACAGUGCUUAAUGAGGAAUAGUUUUAGGAAAGGGAUGAACUGACAAUAAAGGCAUCAGGAAUUGUGUAGUUUUGCUGGAUUUUUUUUCUUUUUCUGCCAGGAAAAAACUUGUGAAGGUUUUUACAAAAUUGCUAUUGUAAUGGGAAACUUGAAUUAUAUAGGGUGUCCUUCUGAAGCUGUAAUCAUCAGGAUGACAAAUUUGUAAAAUGACACUGUGCAAUAAAUCUCUGAGAGAAAAUUUUAAGCUUAUACUUUGUGUUAGAUGCAAAUUAAGACAAAAUUGAAAGAUAAAGAAUUGAAUAUCUAAAAGACUGAUUCAUUCUGCCAUUGGCUAGGAAUUGCUGAUCUCUACAAGUUAUAUCAAAUAAUGUGAACAUGAAACCAUUUUAACAAUAGGAGAAACUAUUAGUCACACUUGAUGAUUCUAAGACUUUUUUUUUUUUUUUUUUUAUACAGUAGAAGGCUGCUUUAAGUUCAAGGUUUAUAUAUUUUCCUUCUCGAAGGUCAAGGAAGUGGGCAUGACUAUUAAACGAUUAUUGACAUUCAUUGUAGCUUCCCAUGAAGUACAAUAUUCUCCAAGUCCAGUGAAAAAGCCACCAUGUGUUUGUGGAUAAAAUGCAAGCUUACGAUAACUUGUCAAAAUUACAAUACAGAGGGAUAUAGAUCAGGGGACCAAUGAAGCUGCCACACCCUAAUCUGCUGUUAACUGGAAAUCUGUAAAUCUGAGCACAAUCCAGUUCAAAGGUCAAAGUGGGGACACCAUCAUUGUUGAUAUGACCUUGUUUUAAUCCAGUAAGACUGAUGUACGUAACUCAGCAGUUACAGUGUAAUAAAAGCACAAAAAGGCAUUGGGAAUUUAAGUAUAGGUAUAAUUAGUCAUAAUGUCCACAAAUUUGUAGGAUAAAGGUCUCACUAAUCAGUAGUUUUUGUUUUUUCACAUUAAAAGGGGGUGUGGAUUAUCAAGAGAGUAUGUGUGUUCUAAACAGUAGGUGCUUUUGAUUGAGAUUCGUUACAUUAUUGUUAUGAUAUGAGAAGGAAGAAGGAAAAACGUUCCAGAGAAAACUAGCUGACAUUGAUGAAAAAUUGAGGAUAUGUAUGUACACUGAGAUUUUGAAAUUGAAAAUUUCCAAUUUACCUUAUUCAUUGAAAAAAUGUGAUUUUAGUAGAAAUUAAGCUACAUGAACCCAUGAUCUACAGUGGGACAAUAUGUUAACCUGCUGACCUUUUGAUCUAUGUAAUGAGAUCGAAAAGGAUAGGGAAUAUAUUGAUUAUUAUCAUGCACCCAUCAUGCAUAUACUACAGCAUUUAAUGUUCCUGUACCAUAUACAUUGAAAUACCGUUCCAUAACCACAGCUAUUUUCACAUACUAGUUCAUAAUUAGUGUAAAUUUUUUGGUGCCGUUUUGCAUAUCAUUUCAUGUUCCACCAUGAAAUGUCAUGGGCAUUAGUGUUACCCAUAGUGUAAGUGUUACUCCAUCAUAAUUCAAUUUCCGCUUAUAUGUAUAUUAUAAUUUUUUGCUACCCUGAAAAAACUUCGGGGAGCAUAUAGUCGCUGUCAUGUCUGCCCGUCUGUACUAGCUCAUAUCUCCUAAACCUUUCACCAGAAAUUGAUAUAAUUGAUCCAAAUGUUCCUUGAGACCAGGACUUUUGGAACAAGUUUUUCAAGGUCAUUUUGAAAAGGUCAAUGUCACUCAAUAUGUAAAAGUUUCUUAUUUCAACAGUUUUUGAUAUAAAGUUCCCAUCUCCUAAACCUUUCAUCAGAAAAUUGAUCACAAAUAUUCCUUGAGACAGGAACUUUUGGACCAAGGUCAUUUUGGAAAGGUCAAGGUCACUCAGAUCAUAUCUAUCAUAGAUAAACAAAUUUUGCCAGUAAACUCCGAAACACUUACUCCAGAGUUACUGCAUGCACCUUUAAUAUUGUUUCAUAUGUGAACUGAAGUCUGUAAGCUAUGAUAGCAUCUUACUUGAUUAGUAAAUAUGAAUACAGAGUUGGCGAAAGACGCCUGACUACCAUAUAUCUCCAGUAAAUUUUCAAAAUUUGUCUGGUAAAAGUUAGAAACUCAUCUGACAAACUGUCCGAUAGAUAUUAGCAGACAAAAAAGGGAUCAUAGCUGUGUUGUUUAUUGGCUUUUGUGUAAACAAAAACUUUGUCUGGUAUAGAAUAGAUAACUUGCUUUUGUACAAGAAAUGUGUAUGUUUUCCAAGAAAUCGUAAUCCCACUCCGUGGGUGUACUUUCAAUAUCACGCAUGUCAUUCUACUUCCGACUUUGUGGCCUAUCACAUGGUAGAAAAAUCGUAGUUCAGACGUAAAAAAGAAAGUUGAAUGUGUAAACACAGGUGCUUGAACAGUAUGUCAACAUGAUCGCAUAUCUCCCUCCCCUUUAGUUUACAAAUAUUUUUAGAAUAAUUAUAACUAUUCACUUCCAUGGCGAUAGCUCUGAUUUUCGUCAGUUACAAAUUAUGAAAAUUUAUAUGUAAUAGAUCUGUUUACAAUAUAGCAGUUUUUCUGUUUGUCAUUCAUAUAGUGCAUUAUGUUUUAAAUUAUUCAAAAAUUGUUCUUAAAUUCAUUUGAAUUAAAGAUAUUGUUCAUUCAUUUAAUUCAUGUGUGCAACAAUUCAAUCACGCAUUAAAAAGUCUCUCCUCCAUUCAAUAUCAUUUAAUUGUGAUUUAUCUCGCUUGUGCGGGGUUUCAUCUGGUAACUUAUAUAAGUAAAAAGUUCUCUAUUUCAACAGUUUUUGAACGGCAAAUGGCAUUCAGACAAAGGUCACUCAAGGCCAUUUUGUAAAGGUCAAGGUCACUUAGAACAUAUACCUUAUAUAUGAAAAAAAAAUGCUUCAUUUCAACAAUAUUUCAACAGUUAUUGAUCUUUUAGACCAAGGUCUCUGAAGGUCAUUUUGGAAAGGUCAAGGUCACUCAGGACCUUAUGUUAAGAAAAAGUGCCUUAUUUCAACAGUUUUUGAACUGGUAUUGAUUAUAUAUCACACAAAUAAGUAAUAGGGAAAUGGCUUUCAGACAAAGGUCACUCAAGGUCAUUUUCAACAUCACUCAACAUACCUUACAUAUGAAAAAGAAACCUUCAUUUCAACAAUAUUUCAACAGCUAUUGAUCAUCGUGUGAGUCAUUCAUCAUAUGAAGUAGUUCAUUGGUUAGAUGCAUUUCAGGGAGCAUCCAUCAGUUUGACUGAUAUUCUUGUUUAAUUAGAAUUUUAAGUGAUAUAUAGUAGAUUGAAUACCGAACGACAGUUUCUAUCUAAUCCAUUGCCAGUAUCCAUGGAGGAAAUGACUUUCAUGAUUUUGUAUGUAUAUAGAGGCUAGGUAUGCACUGGCUGCAUGUUUCUAGGCAUAUGGUUCUAGCAUGAUUUAUGGUCUAAAUUGUUCUAGCAUGAUUUCUCCUACACAUUUUGAAUGGAAUGAUGAAUGACUUACAUGAAACACUACACAGUUUGAACAGAAUUGUGCAAAAACACUAUUGAGGUGUAGUAUAGCACUUCAGGAUCUGUAACUUAUGGCUGCCAUAUUAUUUCUCAUCUACUAUAAACUUAAGUAACUCAACAUUUCAUAUGAAUUAAAUACUAUGAGAUCAAAAGGCCAUCGACUUGUUAUUUACAGAACUAGGGAGAAGGAGGUCCUGGUGCCAUCAAGCUGUAACGGCACAGAGUGUCCAUCCAAGUCAGAACUGUUUGAAUCUCUGAAGUGUGAAGUCUCACAGGUGAUUGAUUGCCGACUCUCAGAAUGGAAGGAGUGGUCACCUUGCAGCGAGAACUGUGGCCUGGGAACAUCCGUUCGUUUGAGGCGGCUGCUGACACCUGCAUACUGUGGAGGUUCUCGCUGUCGUAAUGAGACCUUGGUAGAUUCAAGAGAUUGUGAAUCAUAUUCAGCCUCCAGGGACUGCAGUAUGACUGAUUGGGGUGAAUGGACGGACUGUGAGAGGAAUUGUAAUGGAGGAAAACAGACAAGGUUCAGAGAGAUCUUACAGGCACAGCAGUGUAAAGGAGCACUGUGUCCUACUUCAGAGGAAGUGAGAACUUGUCAUCCACUGUGUGACCACCCUGAGAUGUGUAAUCAGGGUGUGUGUGGGUGUCGCCCGGGGUACAAGUUGUCAAAGGAUGGCUAUAGGUGUCUUCCUGUCAAAUGUAUGCGUCCUUCCAUUAAGUAUUGUCCUCCUUCUCGGAGGGAGUUCUUCAGCUGCCGACAUCCAAGCAGCAUUACAUGUAAAGGGUUACAUUAUCAGUACAGUGACACCUGCACAGUGUCCUGCAUCAAAGACUGGUCCCUAAAGGGUUCAAACAACACCAUCACCUGUCUGGCUAAUGGAACAUGGAGCCUGCCACGUCUGUUCUGUGCACCACCCAACAACCCACCACAUUCGAUGAAAGUGGACAACACAAACAUUAUGGAGAAUACAGAAGCUGGCUACUGUGUGUACCUAAGUACUGUAGAUGAUUCGUAUGACACGCUGUUCUACUCCAUUCUGAGUGAUCCCAAAAACAUCUUCCGAGUGGAGGCUUCUAAACUGUGUCUCAACAGAAAAACAGACUUUGAGGAAAAACCAACCAAAUGGAAUGUGACAGUCAGAUGUUCAGACGUGGAAGGGGCUUAUGUGGACAGCAUAUUCCAGUUUGAAAUUCUUAAUGAAAAUGACCCUCCAACAUCAGCGAUGCUUACACCAAACAUUGUACCAGAAAACAGCAUGGCAGGAACCCAUGUUGGUUGCUUCAGUGCACAAGAUGAUGAUCCAAAUCAAAGUGUCUAUGUGCUGCUUGUGGAUUCUGAACACAAAAUGUUUACAUCCUACCAAAAUGGAUCACAGCUAUGUCUUAAGGUAUCCAAGAAGUCUAACUCCUUAUGUCCAUCAGAGGGAGGUAAAUACUGUGAAUUAAACAUGGAGGAGCAGAGAGUUCAUUUUGUGACACUGAUGGCUCGGGAUAGUUACAGUCCCCCAGGAAUUUCCUAUUUUAACCUCCCUGUAUACUUGACAGAUGUCAAUGACAAACCAGAGUCUGUCACCCUUGAUCCUAUUUUCGUACCUGAAGAGGUUAAACCAGGGAAUCCAUUAGCAGCUCUAAAAACCAAAGAUGAGGAUGAGCUGCAAGUUUUCCAGUAUGAGUUAAUGGAUGAUGACACGGGAUUGUUUUCUAUUGUCAACGGGAGUUUGGUCUCGUCAAUGAAAUUCGACUUUGAGAAAGAUGAUAGGAAAGAAUUUCAAAUAAAGGUCAAAACUGUGGAUAAUGGCACACCAGUAUACAGUGUAGUGUCCACCUUAAUGUUUACAGUAGGUGAUGUGAAUGAGCCUCCUUAUGAUCUUCAUUUGACCUCAUUAAAUGCACCAAUUAGGUUCCCUGAAGAUGAGCCUAAGGUGAAAGAAAAUAUCCAAGCUGCAAUUGUUGGAACCAUAGUUGUCAAAGACCAGGACAGGGGAGAUAAUCUACAGAUAAAAUUGACGGAUGAUCUUGGAGGCCGGUUGGUGAUAAUGAAUACCAUGUGCUCUCAAGUUCAGGGGAUAAACACAUACUGCCUUGGUACCCUGGUGAUGCUGGGGUCAUUUGACCAUGAGAAAGAGGGAGUGGUCAAUACAUCAAUUUCUGUCUUGGACAGCCAAGGUCUGCAGACAACAGCGGAGUUCAACAUGGAAAUUUUGGAUGUCAAUGAUGCGCCUUCAGAAAUCUUAUUGAAUGGAGAGGUGGUCACGGAAGUGACAACCACGGAGAACAGCAAUGGAGCCAUAAUUGCCGACCUGACAGCAGCAGAUGAUGAUGCAGACGACACUCACAGAUUCUCUCUGGUGGACUCAGCAGAUGGCAAAUUUACCAUUAAGGGGAAACAACUCAUGACAUCUGAUUCAGCAAACAUAGAUUUUGAGACUGUCAACACCUACACAAUUCGUAUUGUGGUUAAAGACGAUGGAAAACCAAGUUUGUCUUAUGAGAAAACUAUUAUAGUCAGUGUAGAAGAUGAAAAUGAGGCUCCGUGGAAUAUAUUGCUGUCGGCCAAUGAGGUUCCAGAAAGAAGAAUUCCAGGAUCUGUUAUUGGGAUUCUAAGAACUGAAGACCCUGACAACAGUCAGAGAGAGCUACAGAAGUUUGUGUACAGUCUGGAGAACGAUGCCAAAGGCCGAGUAGAAAUCAAAACUGACCAGUUAAUGGUGAAAAAAUCCACCCUUUUGUGUGAUGACCAGCCUUGUGAGUUUGACUUUGAGACCGAGCCAGUUGUCAAUAUCAAAGUAAAGGUCACAGAUAGUGGUUCUCCCCCCUUGACCUUUGUGAAGACCUUGACAUUGAUGGUAGUAGAUGAGAACGACCCUCCACAGGACAUCAGAUUAGCAGGGAACUCCAUAGCAGAGAACAGCCCAGCAGGAACUGUCAUAGGCAGGCUUACAGCAGUGGACCAGGAUGCAGGACAGACCUUGACCUUUACCCUUUUGAACUACACAGAUGUCUUUUUGUUGGAAGGAACUGAUUCAAUAGCUACAUUUGCAAGCUUAGAUUAUGAACACCAGUCGCUGUAUGUCUUGUCUGUUAGAUGUACAGAUGAUGGGAACGAGCCUGAGUCUGUUGAGUCCAUUGUGACGGUGGAUAUAUUGGAUGUAAAUGAGACACCUAGCUUUUCUGAUGUGACAGACAUAACUGUUCUAGAGAACACGGCAAUGGGGGAGGUAAUUGGAAGAGUCACUGCUGUGGAUUAUGAUAUCCAGGAGACACAGCUGUUAUUAUCAAUAGCCAAGGGAUCCACAGACUUCAUGAUAACUGAUACAUCUUGCUCUACAGAGUCUGGGCAAGGUACUCAAUGCAUCAGUAGCUUUUCCACGAGCCACCCCCUGGACUACGAAACAAAGCCUCUCUACCCACUGAUACUGUCUGUGCAGGACAGCCGAGGCCUGACCAGCUCCUACAGUCUGACGGUCAAUGUACAAGAUGUCAACGAAGCUCCGUCUGAUAUCUUGUUCAAUGGGAAGUUAUUAUCUUCACUGUCUGUGAAUGAAAUGACACAAAAUGAGACCAUGGUAGAGUUGUCUGCUCUUGAUUCAGAUGAUGGCCAGCAUCACAAAUUUUCAAUUGUUUCUGGAGACAAAGCAAAUUUUGAAGUGGUUGAAAAUAAACUUAGAGUGCAGGCGGGUGCAGUUCUAGAUUAUGAGACAAAAACGGUGUACAGACUGGUCAUCAAUGUGACUGAUGAUGGCUUACCUCCAAUGUCUUUACAGAAGAACAUCACCAUUCAAGUCAGAAAUGUCAAUGAACCACCAGAGUCAUUGAGUAUGGACAACAAUAGGGUGCCUGAGAACACUUUAAAGGGAGGUAUGAUUGGUACUUUUCAUACCACUGAUCCAGACAACAAAAAGACAGAUGUUCAAACAUUUACUUAUGAACUGGUGACGAGCCAAGAAGGCAGGUUCAGAAUAGUAGGAAAUCAGCUCCAAGUGGGCCAAGCCAACGAGAACUGCCAUCAGAGAGAGGGGUUUUCCUGUGGAUUGAACUAUGAGAAGUCUGUUAGUUACAAUGUUACCAUUCUGGUGUUUGAUAAUGGGCUCCCUCCACAAAGUUCCCUGUUUAACUUGUCAGUCUAUGUGACAGAUGUCAAUGAUAGACCCACAAAUCUAGCUUUGUCAGGUCACAAAGUUCAGGGUCAUGCACCUAAAGGUACAGUGAUAGGCCGUCUUACGGUUAUGGAUGAAGAUGCUGACCAGUCACAUGUUUUCUCUUUGGUAUCGGGUGGCAAAGGACAAUUUCUGGUCAAUAAUGAUGGUCAAGUUACUAAGGCAACAGACCAAUAUCUAGAGAGUGGGCGUGUCUAUGAUAUAUAUGUGGAGGCUGUUGAUGAUGGACAUCCUCAACUGAAAAUUGCUUCUACCUUCCAAAUAGCCAUCCUAGGAGUUAGAGCUCCUGUCAGCGUGAAUUUCACCUCAGAAGGAGGCAGAAGAUUUUAUUCUGUCAAUCAUCCUAUUGUCAUGGAGAACAUGGAUGCAGGCACUGUAAUUGGCUCUUUGGAGGGUGUAAACAAUGGGGCGGAUCAAACUUUAGUUUUCUCUUUGGAAACGAAAGACAAGGAAACUCCUUUUAGUUUGGAAAAUGUCAGCUGUCAUGGAAGAGAUAAUAGUACGUGGUGCAGGGUACCUGUGAAGACUCAGAAAGUUCUAGACUUUGAAAAGCAGUCUUCAUUGUCUGUGAUUAUUACAGCAGAGAAUGGAGAUGGAGGGAAACUGGUGGAGAUGAUUGAGGUCACCAUUGAAAAUGAAAAUGAGGCUCCCCAGGAUAUCAAAGCUGGUAGUUCGGAGUUGUCUGUGCUGGAGAACACCCAGGGAGCCAUUGUCACCAUGUUCCAGGUAUCAGAUCCGGACAUUGGUGAUACACACACCUUCACACUACUGGAUGAUGCUGAAGGAAAGUUCAUCCUCAGCACACAAGGACAAUUAUCCACAGCCAAAGACAUGGUGAUAGACUUUGAGAAGAGUCCUGAGGUUAACAUAGCAGUCCAAGUCACUGAUAAUGGAGGACUGACAUUGGAGAAGAACUUCAGUGUCAGGGUGGAAGAUACUAAUGAAAGACCCACACAGAUCAAACUCUCACAGAAUAAGGUGAAAGAGAUGAGUGAUCCUGGGACAGUGAUUGGUCAGUUAGUGACCGAGGACCCAGAUAUUGGGCAGACUCACAGUUACACAUUGGUGGACGAUGCUAGAGGUCGGGUCCUCAUCAAUGGAAACACUCUACAGGUGGCUGUCAAAGGAGAGGGAUGUGAUGAGAUGGGAGGGACCUCCUGUUUACUGGAUUUUGAAUCCAAGGAAAGCUUUGAUGUAGUGAUUACCACUCAAGAUUCUGGAUCUCCCUAUUUGAAUCUGACUGUGUCUUUGACAAUAGAUGUGACAGAUGUCAAUGAUCCACCACAUCACCUGGGUCUGAGCGUGAUGAGUCUGCAGGAGGAUGCAUGGAUCGGGACAGUGGUUGGGAUGAUAGAGGUUAGUAAUGCUGAGCCGGAACAGACACUAAGUUUCAGUGCUGAGGAGGAGGAGGGUGUGUUCGGAGUGGAGGACCACACUCUGGUACUGAGAGAGACACUGGACUAUGAAACACAGUCUUUAUACAACCUGACUAUUGCUGCAACAGAUGAUGGUGUACCUCCAGCAAAGAUUUCAAAAACAUUCCAAAUCAACAUCAUUGAUGUUAAUGAAGCUCCGUUUCAUCUGCUGAUCCAGUCCAACAAUGUAGACACCAAAUUUCCAGGAAACGAGCCAAGCGUUUCAGAGAACUCUGUGAAGAAUGUCCUCAUUGGGCAAGUUGCUGUACAAGACUAUGAUAUCUUGGAUGUUGUUACCAUGGGAACAACAAAUGUGCAGAUUGGCAUAUUCAAUCAAGUUUGCCUGUCUUUGGCAAAGAUGGUGCAUUGUACAGCAGAUUUAAGGGCAUUGGUUGUCUUUGACCAUGAGGUGACCCCAUUCCUGACUUUUGAACUGACAGCUAUGGACAGACAGGGGUUAUCUACUAGAGGAUAUUUUAACCUGACUGUGCUGGAUACCAAUGAUCCACCUACAGACAUUAACGCGGGAGAAGAUACUUACUCAGUAGAUGAAGGCAGUCAUAAUGUCAUGGUAACAGAAUUAACAGCCACGGAUGUAGACUUAGGACAAAGCCACAGCUUUACAAUUAUAUCAGAAUCCGAGUUCUUUCAUAUUGUCCAUGGAGAAUUAUGGGUAUCCCACAUAGCAGAUUUAGAUUAUGAAUUGAAACCACAGCAUGACUUGGUGAUCCGAGCAACAGACAAUGGCACCCCUCCCAUGUACACAGAGAAAUCCUUCACAAUCAGAGUGAGGAAUGUGAACGAGGCUCCGUCAAACAUCAGGAUUAACACUAACGAGGUACCAGAAAACAGCCCCCCAGGAACAGUGAUAGGGGUGCUAAGAGCUGAAGAUCCAGACAAUGUUCUCAGGCCAGUUCAGACUCUCAACUUUACACUAACUGAUUCAGCAGAGGGAAUGUUUACUAUGAAUGAUACCAAGUUAAUUUUGCGGAAGGGAAAUCUUGACUAUGAGAAGAUUCGAAGGUAUUCUCUGGGUGUACUGGUGAUGGAUAAUGGGGAGCCCAUCCUGUCAGCCAAAACAGACCUUGUCAUCCAUGUUACUGAUGCUAAUGAUCCUCCAACAGACUUAAAGCUAUCAGCAAUGGAAGUAAAUGAGAACUGUGAGAUGGGCACAGUGGUUGGAACACUGUCUGCUGAGGAUGUAGAUGUAGGACAAAGUUUGACAUACUCCCUGUCAGACACCAGUAACCUUGUAGUAGAGGGCAACAAGGUCAAGGUCACAGGAAGCAUAGAUUUUGAGCAGAUGCCCUCUAUCACAUUCAAGGCUACUGCUACAGAUGAUGGUCAACCACCUAAAACUGUUUCCAGGAUUUUCUCAGUUGCAGUGAAUGAUGUAAAUGAUGCAGCAACAAGCUUGAGUUUGAUCCCUUCUUCUGCUGUACAAGAUAUGAUGAUCCCAGAGUCCCUAUUAAUUGGUGUCAGGGUUGCCACAGUGGAAGUGGUAGAUCCUGACAGGAAGGAUGAAUUGUCCUUUAAUAUGGUAGAUAAUGGAGGAGGAGUUUUCACUCUAGCCAACACCACGAGGUGUGAACCAACAAACCUUCAAUAUCAGAAUGCUAAGUCAUCUGCUGGAACAAAGUGUACAGUUGAAAUAAAGCUAUCCAGAGGUUUGAAUUUUGAAUCAAAGUCAACGGCAAUUGCGCUGAAAAUGCAGGUGAGAGACAGAAGUGGAGCAAGUCUAGAGCAAGAAUGGACUUUCUCUGUCAAGGAUACCAACGAACCACCAACAGACAUAAGCAUCGAUGGAGGUCAGACAAAAAUACCAGAAAAUGAAAAAUUAUUUAUCAUUGGCGCCCUGCAGACAACUGAUGAAGAUGUGGGAGAUACUUUUACUUACCAUGUUAUCUCCUACUGGAAAAUCUUCAGGAUCAGGGGGGACAAACUGGAAGUCAGAACACCCCUGGACUUUGAGAAGAAAUCGUCGUACACUGUGACCAUAAAGAGCACAGAUGAUGGAGGGCUAUCUUUCUCCAAGAGUUUUAAUUUCAGGGUCCUUAACAUUAAUGAGAAACCUAGCAACAUUUCUUUAAACCCCAGAGAAGUGAGUAAUGGUGCUGAUGCUGGUGAUGUGGUAGGACUGGUGACUGUGGAGGACCCGGAUAACGUAGACCCCGACUCCCCCACACAGACCCACAACUGUUCAGUGGGAGGAGAGGGGCUAGGAGUAUUCAUCAUAGACAAUGAUUCCGGCAACCUGAAGGUCCUAUCUUCAGUGCCCCUGGACAGAACGGAAAUGAUUAUAGUUAUAACAUGUAGGGAUGAUGGGAUACCACCAUUGGAAUUCUCGCAGAACAUCAGUCUGGUCAUCAAAGAAACAGUUACAGUGCCAAAGGAAGUUAGAUUAACCAAUCAGAAAGUUGUGCCAGAAAAUAUCGAGACUUUCAAAAUUGGAGAAUUCCAAGUCUUUAACAUGUUAACAGAUAAACCUGUAGAAAAUGAGAUCUACUUAUACUUCUUGAUGGACUUUAAUGCCCCCUUCACUGUGGAAGGAAACAUACUGAAAACCAAGAAAGCUUUUGACUUUGAAACUCAGCAGUUUGUCCAGGUUCAAAUCAAUGCUCUGGCAUUUGGGUCCAAUAUAAAGACAGAGUUUGAGAUUGAGAUAGGUGAUAUGAAUGAGGCUCCUAUAGGGAUUGGGAUCUAUGGAGGUGGACUUUUGAAGGAGAACAGUGAAGUAGGGACUGUUAUAGGUGACCUUAACACCAGAGACCAGGAGAAGAACCAAAUGUAUUCCUACACCAUCAAGUCCAUCUCUCCAGGAUUAACAAACACUGGAGAUGUAUUACCAUACGCUGGCCUAUUUAAACUACAGAACAGUACCAUGAUUGUGGGAAAGUCAGAAGGUUUCUUGAACUUUGAGAUGUAUCCUGUGUUUUCAGUUGUUGUAACAACAACAGACUCUGGUACCCCGCCCCUCUCUUAUACUGGUGUUAUAAGGAUUGUUCUGCAGAAUGUCAAUGACCAACCAAAGAACAUAACCCUCAGCAAUAAUCAGGUUCUAGAAAAUAGUGUGCCAGGCACAAAGAUCGGACUGUUGACUGUUACAGACGAAGACAAAGGAGACCUUCACUUUUGUUUUGUGGAAUCGCCAGGGGUUCCAUUCAAGAUAAAGAACAAUCUUACCUUAGUGGUUGGAAAUGGGCUAAUUGAUUUUGAAAGGGAUAAAAUAUUUGCGAUAGAGAUUGAAUGCUGGGACUCUGGGCAUCGUGGGUCACAACUCGGGGUCAGUAAGACAUUUGUCAUUAAUGUCACAAAUGUUAACGAGCCUCCAUUUAACAUCAGUCUCAGCUCCACCUCAAUCAAGGAAAACACUCCUGUCGGCCAGGUCCUGGGAGAGCUCUCAGCGGAAGAUGUGGAUAGCACAGAGGUCAUCUUUAGAGUUGAAGAAAAUCCCUUUGUUAGACUGGAUGGAACCAACACAGUUGUCACCAAGACAGAUCUAGACUUUGAAGAAUUAUCUGAGUUUGUUUUUACUGUUAAUGCUGUGGAUUCAGAGAAAGCUUUCAAAUCAAUGAAAAUAAAAAUCAAGAUAUUGGAUGUAAAUGAAGUCCCAACAGAUAUCAUGUUAAGUACACUAAAAGUGAAGGAAAAUUUAGACCCUGAAACACAGAUAGCCACAUUGACAACAUCUGAUCCCGACAGCAACCAAGUGUUUGUGUAUUCCAGUACAGAGACAGGAUAUUUCAAAAUACAAGGGGACAAGCUUGUGACUGGAACUAAACAAAUUGACUAUGAGGAGAUUUCUAGCCUGGAGUUACAUAUCAAUAGCACAGACAGUGGUGUGCCUCCCAAAACUAUCAACCGGAUAUUUGUGUUUGAAGUAGAGGAUGUGAAUGAACCUUUGAUUGACAUUGUUUUGGGAACCAUUAGUCUGGUUCCUGAAGAUCUUCCACAAGGGUCAGUCCUGUCCAAGAUUCUUGUGAAUGAUCCAGACGAGGGUCAGCCCCAUGUCUGUCAAGUCCUGCCUAGCUCUGCACCCUUUUCAGUUGUCACCAAUGAAAACAAAACAAUGGCGUUGACUUUGACGGGAGUGUUGAACUAUGAAACAAAUUCCAAACACGAUCUCCGAAUCAAGUGUACAGAUGGGGAAUUUGAAAUGGUUAAGGAAAUAACACUGCAUAUGAAGGACAUAAAUGAGAGACCAUUAGGGAUAUCACUGAGUGGAUCUCACACAGUCAUAGCCGAUGGAGUGUCAGGGUACAGUAUUGGGGAAAUCACAGUCUCAGAUCCUGACUUAAAGCAGACACAUAUCACUACUGUCAAGGGACCUAACUCAGAUUUCAUCAAGGUUAAAAAUAACAAUUUGGUAUUGACUGGACCAAUCCCAUUGGAUGUUCUUAAGAAGGUCCCUCCCAUCAUAGAGGUGACAGUAACAGCCAUAGACAAUGGUGAACCUCCCCUGUCUGUCAAUCAUACCUUUAUUCUUCCAAUCACAAAUGUUCAAAUAUUUGCUGCAAAACUGCCUUCAGUUUCAUUGGAUAACCAGAAAGUAUGGGAGGACUCUGAUAUUGGGGAUGUUAUAGGAAGGUUGUACAGUAUUAAUCAGACAAUUGAUGAGGAAAUUGUUUUUCAUCUCACAAGUAAUCAAGGGGGACUAUUUGACAUAAAGGACAAUAAGUAUUUGAUACUUGUAAAAAAUUUAACUGAAGUGGAAGAAACAUCAAGGACAAUUACUGUGCAGGUGAAAAAUACUGAAACUUUUGAGACAGAGUCCCAGGACAUAACCAUCUUUAUCAAGAAGGUUGAUAAAUGUGAAGUAAAUGGCAAGAAAUGUGAUAGAAAUGCUCGCUGUGUGAAAUUAGCUAAUUCCACUAGCCAUGUAUGUGUCUGCGAAGUUGGAUUUACAGGGAAUGGGUAUACCUGUAAAAGUAAUGACUACUGUCAGGAAAAUACAGUGGCUUGUUUAAACAAUGGUACCUGUGUGAAUGAAAUAGAAAAAUAUGUGUGUCUGUGUGCAGAUGGAUUUGUAGGCUUACAGUGCGAGAUUCCAGCUAUGAUGAGUGCCAUGGAUCCUUGUUCAAUCGUGUCUUGCCAGCAUGGAGGUGUCUGUACAAUAAAUGGUGAGGGCAGAGUUAUCUGCUCCUGUCAGACCGGAUGGGAAGGAGAGUUUUGUGAGAGAAGGAAGGAUAACUGUGUUAAUGUUGUCUGUCUUGGUAAUGGGACAUGUGUUGACAAGCAUGUGAGCUAUGCCUGUGAGUGUUCUGAUGGUAGGACAGGAACUCUCUGUCAGUAUCAGCCCAGCCUUUGCCAAGGUGAACAUGCAUGUGAGAAUAAAGAAGAUGUUUGUAUUCCUCUUGCAGACAGUAGAAGAGUGAUAUGUACCAAUGAAUCCUGUGUUGUAGACCUAGUUAUUACUAAGGCUGGCAUUGACACAGACAUAGUAGGAUUAACGGCCGUGCUCACAGAGGCAGUGGUUCAGCUUGUGGAGCAGGCUGACAGCUUACAGUCAACCAACAGGAAAGAGAGACAGUUGGCAUCAGAUUCCCACAUGUACAUCAUCAGCGCUACUCUAGAAGAGGAUGGUAAAUCAUGGGAGAUAAAGUUUGUAGUGUAUGAAAAUGGUGGAGAUGUUUACACGAGGACUAUUAUUUACGAUGUGCUGUAUCGGGCGUGUUCCUUUAGUGGAUCAUUUGAUUUGUUAAAAGAGGUAGUUUGUCCGUCCGUCUCGCUCCAUCAUCAGUCAAACCAAGAUACAGGGGGUUUCCCUAUCACCGUAGUGGCAGCUGCCAUUGGAGGUUUUAUUGCUGUUUUUGUGGUCAUUGUUGUUUGUGUUAUGAGAAAGAAAAAGGGCAGGGAACCAAACAAGGACCAGACAAAACAAGACACUAACAUAGAUAAGGAUUCAUACCUUGAAACAAUAUCGAGACGGUCCAGUGGUUAUGCAUCCAUCUCAAAACAGAAAUCCUCCGAUGCUAUGAAGAAUGAAGGGGUUAAAUCUUCAGAGGACCCAGCUACAACUUUGUAACAUUCUGAUUCUAUUAAUAAAUGUUCGAAUGGAA